CGCAGACUUGGUGCCUUAAAUGGGCGACCGUGAAGUUGAGCUAAAAGAAACGCCUCCAGCGGCGGCCGAAGUGUCACCACCACCUCCUCCUCCGGCAGCCUCUGCAGUGCCGCCAAGGAUGGUCGAGGAAAGUGCCGCAGAGACUGGACAAGGAGCCCCGGCUUCGGGUGGAGCUGAAAAUCUUCGCAGCGGACGAAGAGUCAGCUCGGUCGAACCGGUUAAAGGUGCUCCACCUCCGAAAAGGACUAGCGUAGUGGUGUUCGAGACGCCGGACACUCCACCACCGGAGAAAAAGACUACAUCGUGGUGGAAAAGUCUAACGAUGGAUGAUGAGAAACUUAAAAAAGGAAAAGCAGCGCCGCCGGCAAAUGAUGCUGCUGUAAUCGGAACUACUGGCGAAAAUGUGGCAGAAACGAACGGUGGACUAGACGAACGUAACAGAAACAUUUCGAACGUUAGCCUUGGAGACAGAGAACUUUUCUCCUGGGGUGGCAAAGAUGCCGGUAACCACAACUUGGCUCUCUUCGAAGAGCCGUCGAUGCCGUUUUUCGCCAGUUAUCUUAGAGCCCACACUACGCCUGGCCCACUCGAACGAGCUCAAAGCGAGAACCAAAAGAAAAAGGCGGAUCUCGGAGUAAUGCUCGGUGUUUAUCUACCAACAAUUCAACAUAUUCUCGGCGUCACAAUGUUUAUCCGAUUAGGUUGGGUCGUUGGAAUCGCAGGACUUGGCCAGACAUUCCUUCUUCUAUCUUUGUGUUGUCUAUGUACAUUCCUCACAUGCAUCUCCUUAUCCGCUGUCGCAACAAAUGGUGUUGUUGAAAGUGGAGGUGCAUACUUCAUGAUUUCACGAAAUCUCGGACCGGAAUUUGGAUCAGCUGUCGGGUUUUUAUUCUACUUAGCAAAUACGGUUGCUGCAUCCAUGUACUUAGUGGGUGGUGUGGAAAUCUUAUUGCUUUAUAUCUUCCCUGGAUUGACCAUCGGUGGGACAGAGGUCCACACUCAAACAGGACUAUUUGGCAUGAUGACGCACAACCUUCGCUUCUACUCAACCGUACUUCUUCUUCUCGAAUUCCUUAUUGUCGCUAUGGGAGUGAAAUUUGUACAGAUGCUUGCACCCGUUUCGCUGGUCUGUGUAAUCAUCUCUAUCCUUGCAUGCUACGCGGGUGGUAUCGCGAAAACAUUGAGCCCAGAUUCAGGACUUAAGGUGUGCAUGUACGGGGAUCAUUUAAUGCAAUCGAGAUUUUUGAUGCCGGAAGGCAAUGGAACUAUUUAUGAUAUCUGUGAUUACUGUAAUAUAAGCAACCCUUUCUUGUACAAGAAUCUUUGCCCGACUGAAGAUUGCUCACUAGACUCUUUCCCAAAUAUCAGAUGUAUCAAUGGCUUCCCCGGUUUCAAAAGCAGUGCUUUUGUUGAUAAUUUUGGUUCCGCUUACGUAGGAGCAUUCCACACCACUGUUGAAGACAAAGCAGAUUUGAACCGUGAUGUGUUCCAGGAUGUGCAAACAUCAUUUUGGUUGCUUCUUGCCAUCUACUUCCCAGCAGUCACUGGAAUCUUCACUGGUGCAAAUAUGAGUGGUGAUCUGAAGGAUCCGCAGAGAUCGAUCCCUACUGGUACGAUUGCUGCUCAAUUGACCACAUCCUUCGUAUACUUCUCUUUGGCUCUCGUAUUUGGAGCCGCUAUUGAUGGUAGUGUCUUGAGAGACAAGAAUGGUCAGUCUAUGGGAGGCUCCAUGAUUGUCGGCGAACUGUCUUGGCCUAGCUCUUGGGUUUUGCUUGGUGGCUCUUUCCUUUCAACAUUUGGAGCAGCUUUACAAUGCCUAUGUUCUGCUCCUCGUCUUCUCCAAAGUAUUGCCAAAGACGAUGUGAUACCUAUCCUUAGCCCUUUCAAAAAAGUCACCAAAAAUAACGAACCUUUCCUUGGAUUGAUUAUCACAAUCGUCAUUGCCGAGGCAGCUAUCCUUUUGGGUGCUAUGGACAGUAUCGCCGCUGUUGUAGACUUCUUCUUCUUGAUGUGCUACGCUUUCGUUAACAUCAUUUGCACUAUGCAUUCUCUGCUUGGAGCUCCCAACUGGCGUCCUCGCUUCCAGUAUUACCACUGGUCUCUUUCCCUUCUUGGUGCUGUGCUAUGCUUCUUCAUCAUGUUCUCUACCCAUUGGGACUAUGCUCUCGUUUCGAUUUUCCUUUGCCUUGUCAUUUACAAAUACGUCGAGUGGAAGGGUGCCAAGAAGGAAUGGGGUGAUGGUAUUAGAGGUUUGGCUCUUACCACCGCUCAGUAUUCACUCAUGAAAAUCGAAGAAAAAGACCCUCAUCCAAAGAAUUGGCGCCCUCAACUGCUUCUUAUCCUUUCAAUGCCAUGGGCAAAGGAAUUGGUUGACGUGAGAUAUCUGAACCUUUUGAAUCUGGCAUCCCAGCUCAAAGCAGGAAAGGGACUGACCAUUGUCACUUCAUUCAUCAGAGGAUCUGUCACAAGCCCCGAUGAUAGAAAACGUGCUGAACAGAUCAAAUCCAGAAUGGACUUUGAUAUGAAUCAAGUACGUCUUCGUGGCUUCUCUAAAGCGAUGAUUCAUGAUGAGGACCAGAUAACUGGUUCUAUGUCUACCUUGAUCCAGUCGGUUGGUUUGGGUGGCUUGAAACCUAACACCAUGCUGAUAUCGUGGCCGGUACACGAACGUGGAUCAUCGGAAAGCAGUGACUCUGAGUACAACACCUUCACUGAUAAAUUGCAUGCCGCAGUCGCAAUGGACAUGUGCCUGUUGGUUGCAAAAGGAAUAAUUGACUUCCCAUCAAUCGUCUUCAGACUAAAUGGAUUCAUUGAUGUAUACUGGAUCGUGCAGGAUGGAGGACUAUGCUUAUUGAUGGGAUAUCUUCUAAAGCAGCAUAAGGUCUGGCGAGGUUGCAAACUGCGAAUCAUUGCAAUUGCACAAGAGAAUGACAACAAUCUAAAGAUGCAGUCUGAACUACAGCAAUAUGUCUACCAACUUAGGAUCGACGCAAAAAUCCUGAUCGUUGAGCUGGCUGAUCCCGAGAUUUCUAAAAACGCUUUCGAACGUACGCUUCUCAUGGAAGAGCGCACCAUGGUUCUCAAGCAAAUGCAAGAGGCUAGAAGCGGCAACAUGGGUCGAGGGAUCUCGCCUCUCGUCACUGCGGAACAACGUGAGAAAUCUGCUAAAAAAUCGGAUAACGAAAACGGAGACAAUAAAUCGCAUGACGAGAUUGAAGAUAAAUCACCGGAGGAAGAAUCAAUAACUGACGAAAACAAAAAGGAGAAAACAAUGAAAGAAAGAAUGCGAGCUCUGGAUCGAACAAAAGUGCACAAAAUGCAUACUGCUGUUCGACUCAAUGAGCUUAUCAUUGAACAUUCGCUAAACAGCCAACUCGUACUACUAAACUUGCCAAAACCUCCGAAGACUAAAGAAGGUCUUGACGACUACAUCCAUUAUUUGGAGGUCUUGUCGGACAAGAUCAGUCGGGUUCUAUUUGUACGAGGCACGGGAAAAGAAAAAGUGCCUUUUGUCCAAUGUGUUGUUGAUUCGAAGCUUCACUUUUAUCACGACAUCUAUGAAUAUUCAGGAAAUCUAGAGCGUGACCGUGUACUCUCGCUGGAUGAUUUGUGCAUUUCCUCGUAUUCGAGGCUGCUUCACCAAAGGCCAUCCUAA